UGCGUAUGGAAGGGGAUGCCGUAGAGAAGUGGCCUCUUGGUCAGUGGUAGAGCAUCUGACUUGCAUGCAGAAGGUCACAAGUUCAAUCCCCAGCAUCUCCAGGUAGGACUGGGAGAAACGCCUGCCUGGAAUCUUGGAGACUGGCCGACAGUCAGUGUAGGCAAAACUGAGCUAAAUGGACCAAUGGUCCAACUCAGUUGAAUGCAACUUCCUAUGUUCCUAUCUUGUCCUUUGCUGCAGGCAGCGAAGUGUUUUGGACUGGCCUUAGAUCCGUUCCUAGUUUGGGACAGAUCUACAAAGCUCAAGGUCAGGAACACGGGAAUCAGGAUUCCAGCCCUAGCACUUGGGAUAAAACCUCAGCUGGGCCCCAUCUGCCUCCCCUGCAGCAUUAACAGCUAUCGCUGAGCAGACUGCAAAACUUUUCGAAGAGCAACACAAACUCUCCUUCCAUACCAGAGGCAGUUCCUGCCACAAUUGUGGCACAGAGAGCCAAGUUUGCUGAGUGGAAGAACUGGCUGCUUAUGUAAGAGUUGUUUACCUGCAGCUGGAAUUGGGAGGAUGCUCCUCCCGUGUGUCCCCGCCCCCUUCUAUAAGGAACAAGGUAUUUUGCUGCUGGCGUCAAACCACAGAACGCAGCACACACCACAGGCACCUCACGCGCCAUGGAAAGCAAAGGGCUCGUGGCUGAGCUGCAGAGAGCGGCUAUCUGCCCUGUCUGCAGGGGUCACUUUAAGGACCCGGUGAUCCUGGAUUGCGAUCACAGCUACUGCCGGGCCUGCAUCACUCGCUAUUGGGAGGAGGCGGCUGCAGCUGGGAAGGGCCCCCAAGUGCUGUCUUGCCCUCAGUGCAAGAAAGUUUUUGAGAGGAAGAACCUUCGGACCAACGUCAAGCUGGCCGUGGAGGUCAAGAUCACCCAACACCUCAAUGCCAAGACAGCCCAGGUGUCCCUCGCUUCCAAGCCCAGAAGGCGCCGUGGAGGGUGGAUACCUGCGACCAGCAUCCAGGAGAGAAAGGAAGUCAUCAGAGAAGUCUGCAGAUGCUAAUGCAGUUCGGAUGCCACCUGCCAGCCAUAUUCACCUGGACAAUCCACCUGGAGCCUCUCUAUGUGGCAAUCCCUGCUCACCAAGCCUGGGGGCCCCUCAACAAAAUGGCCAAGCCAACUUUCUCCAGUUCAGGCCCGCAGCAUGGAGGCAGCUAGAUUUGGGGAGGGUGGUGGUGGUGGUGAUGGUGAAGAAGUUGAGGCUUUGGCUAAGUAUGAGGCUCUGGAUUUAGGAAUGGACCUGCAAGAGUUAAUAGACUCACCCACAGGGCUUCUUUUAAAAAGAGAGAUCUCAAGCUGUUUUGGAAGCUACAAGCUGUGGUUACAUGGUGAGGAAGAAAAAGUGCUAUGUCUGUACAGGCCAGGACCCCCUUAAUUUUGUUAUGAUCUGGAAUCAGAUUCCAGGGCUGAGCCUGCCCCUGGGUCAGAUUAAGGCCCGCCCUAUAACUGAGCCGAACAGAUCUUGGUUAGACUAAAUCGGGGAGGAGUGACUGGUUUCGCUUUUGGCCAAGUCUUCAGAACUUGCUCAACAUCCUGUGGAAAAUGUCACUUGGUUUGGAAGAAGACUUCAGCAGAAGAUGCUGGGUAAUUUCUUCUGCAGCCAUUGGGGUGUUGGUGUUGACAGAGGGUGUGGUUUUUUCACCUAACCAGACAAAACGAUGUCUGUUGCAUUACCUUCCAUUUCACCAUCUACGAUGGGGCAGAAGGGAGCUUAAUCUUGGGGAUUCAAGCAUUGUGACAACAAUACCCUUAGCUGUACUAUCUGACUCUUCCCCCAUUUCAUCACUGUGAUGCAUUUAUCAAUCUGCAAUAUCGCCUUUCACCAACCUUCUAGUUAAGGACCACUUUGUUUCUAUGUCCUUUGCAGGGUCCCUAGUACAUUACUGAAUGGCAAGAGAAAUAACCGGAUCUUCAACAUGCAUUAGUCGUGUUAAAGUGCAUUGAAGUGCACAGUGCAGUUAUUUCUUAAAUGACCAGUGGGUGGUGCUAUUUGAUCAUUUAUCUUUCUGGCUAACUUAAAAAGAGGGCUAAGUAGCAAAGAAAUGGAGAGGCCUAAUCUGUCAGUGACUCUAACCAGUCUCUAAACUUCAGCCAGGUACCACUUGAGAGGGGAAAUGUGAAGUUCUUUAUUCUUGAAUUAACAUGUUUUCUUUCCUCAAAGACCACUCCCUUUCCCACAAUACAUUAUACUGACAAUAUGCAUGAAUACAAGGGAGAGACUGUAUCAUACCACAAUUAGCACUGUGUAUUUUUUUAUUCUGUGUACUAUAUAAUAAUUUUUUCAUGUGUCAAGUUAUUUGAAUGCUUCAAUGGAAUGGACUUUUUGAUUGUAAAAUAAUGGGUAAAUAAAUUUUUAAAAAGCAUAAUUGCAAAGGAAA